AUGUAGAAUGUAGUGUGCAGCGAGCUGCCGACAUGUGAGGAUGGUUUGUUACGUGCUCUUCAUCCCGACAACUGCAUAACCACGUGGUGCUACCAUAUAUCUUACGCCUUCCAUCAUUGUUGUUAUACAUUAUUGCAUGAUCGCGUGACGCGUUUGGAAACCGGGUCGUGUGUUUCGUUUUGUUGCAAUUCAAAUUGCCGAUUGCCGGCGUUACGAAGCUUGUCCUUCGAUUUUCCGCGGCGUCGCGACGCCAUCGUUCCGUCAAAAAUUUAAAGCUCAUAGUAUCCGUGAGUGUAUAUUUGUGAGUGCUUAUAAGGUUCAUCGCGCUAUUAAGAAGUCAGGCUGCGAAAAAGAUGACUAACAGAUGUACGAUUAAUCGAUGUGUGAAUUAACUGUGAACUAACAGCAUAUAACGACAUUCCAACUCAAUCAUGGAGAGAAAAACGUUAAAAGGAAUCGACGGCGCGAUAAUAAGGACAUCGUGGACUGAUUCAAAAUCCAAUUAACAUUUAUCAAUUAAUUUUAUUUUAUUUGAGUAAUAAACAUAUUUAUUUAAUUAAAUAAGUAUUAUAUAUUUAAUUGUAAUAUAUUUCUUCAUUGUGUUUUCACAAUUAUUCAAAGUGUUCUAAUAAAAGUGCAAUCAAGUGAUUCAUUGUUAAAUUUAUCGAGAAUCCGGUGUGUUGCGACACUGGAGCAUCAUUCCUUCAGUUUAUUCCGAGCUCUGGCUGACGGGAAAUGUUCCGAAAGUAUAAGCUGCAGCAACGCGACAGCAACUGCCGACCGCCCGAUAUACAUAGAUAACGCGAACAAUCGCAAAAAAUUACACAAAAGACCUAAAUCAAGAUCGAAAUCGAAGUACAGAGGAUCUAGAUCAAGAAGCAGGGAAUUAAGCUUGAGAUCCACAAAUAAAAUAUUUAAAAAUGAGAAUGACAAUGAUAAAAAGUCAAAGAAUCUCACAACGAAGAUAACAGAUGAAUCGUUCAAAUUAUCAAAUGGAAUCGAUAAUCGAUUGAAAGCAGAUCGUAUUGGAAGAUUUAAUAUAGCGGAUGAUUUUUUGCAAAGAUUGUUAAAGAAGAAUAUCAAUAAGAAGUUUAACAGAUUUCUAAAAAAUAUCAACAAGAAUCAGUCGUUUCUAAAGAAACGCAUCCAGCAGAAUUUAAAUCUGAAGAGGAAAAGUGUUCGGAAAAAUUUCUUAUUGAAGAAGGAUAUUCGAGAAAAAGCAUCAUUUGACAAGAGAAGCUAUCGACAGAGUAUAAUAUUAAAAAAAAAAGAAGAUAUAUAUGUCAAAAAGAUUUUAAGGAAGAAUAUUAAGGAAUAUUCUUUGUUUCUGAAAAAAAAUAUUCAAAGUAAAACAUCAUUUAUUGACAAAAGCGAUCGACAAAUUUUAAUAUUAAUAAAGGAGGAUAUUUGUGAAAAUCCACUGAACAAUAAGAUUCAGGCAAAGGAAUUACUAUCUGAAAUAAACAAUCAACAAAGAGCAAUAAUUGCAAAGAAAUACAAUCUGUAUAGUCCUUUAUUGUUAAAAAAGAGGAUUAAUGAAGAUAAAAGCAUUUCGUUGCCAAAAAGAAAGAGCGAAAAAAAUUUAUUGUUGAAAAUAAAUCUUAAAAAACAGUCAAUACAAAAAAACGACGAAAAAGAUUUAUUAUCAGCGAAGGCGAAUGUUUAUAAGGAUUUAACUAAUGCGAUCUCACAAUUGACAAUAAAAGAUAUUGGAGGAACUACAUUAUUCUCAAAAAAAUAUAUUCGAAAAAAUCCACAGUUUUUGAUAAAAAAAAAUGUCAACAAUAAUCCGAAAAAGAAUAUUUCAAUUGGCCCAUUGAUGCAAUUAAUGGAUAAAUAUACUCAAAAGGAAUUAGAAUCGUCAAAACGUAUUUUCAACGAAAAGAUAUUCUUAAUAAAGACCGAUUCUGAAGAAGAUUCACAAUUGUUUGUAUGUAUAAAAAAGAAUUUCUUAUUAUUACAGAGAAAAGACAUUUCUGAUGAUACAAAGUUAACACCACGGAUCAAGAAUAAUUUUCUACUAACGAAAGAUCUUUUUUCUUUGACUCAAAAAGAAAAAGAUAUUCCUGAAAGUUUACAAUUAAUAGAAAACAACGUUCAAGAAAAUUCGUUAUUGACGAAGAAUAUUUGUUCUCUAACUAAGAAAAUUAUUUUUUCAUCUAAUCAAGAUAUUUUUUCAGCUGAAGAAGAAAAACACAUUUCUGAAAAAGGCUUACUAACAAAAUUAACAAAAAAAACCGUUCAAGACUACUUUUCUUUGACCAAAGAAUUUUGUUCUUUAAGUAGAGAAAAUAUUUCUUUAAUUGAAAAAAAGAAGAGACUGUCGCAAUCAACAAGACGAACGAUCUAUAACUGUCUUUCAUUGAACAAGAAUUUAAAAUUUAAACAAACGAGAGAUUUCAUUGAUUUCCCUUAUCAAUCAUCGAUUGUUCAUUAUAAACAUCAUCUUCUAUUCAAAGUUCCUCAACAAAUUUUUCAAGAAUCUAAGAAAGUAUGGGAAAAACACAAUAGAGAGAGUCACUAUAAAGCGAAGCGGUCGCCUCCACCGGAGGAAGACUGGCUGAGUCAAGGGUCAACAGGGUUCGAUAACGACGGGUCAACCGAUAAAGACGAUUCGUCAAUCGUAAAAUGCAAACUUACGGAUUCGUAUCAUUAUACGAAACACCAGUUGAUCGUGAAACCACCCGAAGUGCACAUUACGAUUUCUAAGAUUUCUUCUUGUCCAAAACAAUUAACAGAUAGUUCUAAGGAGAGUUCAGAAGCCAAUUUUAUUGCGGAUUCUAUUGAAAGUGUGUCUAGAUGUACAGGUUUUGAAGAAGAUCCAAAGUACCUAAAGGAUCAAAUUAUUAAGAUAGAAGAUCCCGAAAAGAUUUUAAAAAUUCCAGCCAUUAAGAUAAAACGUGGAAAAAUAUUAAAGAAACCAGUCGUCGAGAUAAAAGACUUCGACGGGAUUUUAAAAAAUCCAAUCAUCAGACUAAAAAAUUACGAAGAAAUUUUAACAAGUCAAGAUAUCAAAGUGAAUAGCAACGAUUUACUCACCUUGAAGAUAAAUGGUUCUCUUGAAGAUUCAAAUUAUCAACGAAUAAUUCAAAAAACAUCACAGUUUUUUAAUCGCAUAAAUCAUCAAUUGAUUAAAUCUGUAAAUCGAUUGUCAUUAAUAGUAAAUUCAUCAAAAAAUCGCGAAAAUAUCUUGAAAUAUUCAUCCAUUAAAAUAAAAAAGUUAGUCACUAAGAUCUAUACCAACAAUUCGCCUGCCUUGAAGAUAAUUAACAAUCUUAAAUCUUUAAAUAAUCAACGAAUAAUUCAGAAGUCUUAUCAUCUUGUAGAUCAUCAAUCGGAUGAUUUACAAUUAUCAAUAGUUAGGGAAAAAUUAUUAGAAAGUGACAGGAGAAGUGAAUCGAUUAGUAGGUUUCAUAAAAAUUUCAAAAUGAAACUAACUAUUAGACUUAUCCGCAUUCGCGACAAGUUGGUGCUAGGUUUAAGUGCGUUUGCCAUUGUGUUUACGCUUUUGUUAGUGAUGGACCUACAGAUGGACUUGGGCUACAGUGGCCAUCACCUGACUCCUAGCCAUGCUCGCGUCAGGGUCGGCGACCCGCCGAACGCCAACAGUGUUUACAACAACUUCCGCAGGAAGUUCCUUCAACGAGGUAAUGGCAGUCGAGAACAAGCAAAUGGCGACACGACGCCCGUCGUUGAAAAAUCUGGAAAAAGCGAAUUGACAUCAUCUUCGUCGACGAUGAGAAAGUACGACGAUUUUGCAGAUUUGAUGGAUUUGAUAGUGAAUAGGUACGCGAAUAUUGACGAAGGAGUGGCAAGAAUUGACAGAGGGAGCCGAGAUCAUAAUCCGACAAUCGGAGAACUGAAGAAGGUGAUACCAAGAAAAAACGGAACAGUCUUGGAGAAAUUUCAUCUACAGAUUUCAAGAUUGGAGUUAUAUCCUAAGAAUUCAAAAUACGUGGAUCAGUUGCUCCACGAGAUGGCGACUAAACCGAUUCUUCAUGUCGUUCAGAAGGAUGGUGGAACGCAAUUAAAAUUAGCCAUUGAUUAUGGUGAUAACAUGCAAGCAUUAUUUAAACCGAUGCGAUUUCCGCGAGAGCAACAGACUUUGCCGAAUCACUUCUACUUCACAGACUUCGAACGACAUACUGCUGAAAUCGCUUCCUUUCAUCUAGACAGGCUUUUGGGGUUCCACAGAGCGAUGCCAGUAAGCGGUCGAACUCUUAAUAUCACAACAGAAAUUUAUCAGAUUGCCGACGGCGAGCUGCUCAAAACGUUCUUUGUAAGUCCAGCUGGCAAUCUGUGCUUCCAUGGCAAAUGCAGUUACUAUUGUGAUACCGCACACGCGGUUUGCGGUAGUCCUGACACCCUGGAGGGCAGCUUUGCUGCUUUUCUGCCCGACAAAGCCUUCGCUGCCAGGAAAGCCUGGCGACACCCUUGGCGCAGGAGUUAUCACAAGCGGAAGAAGGCCCAAUGGGAAGACGAUUCCGACUAUUGCUCCCUGGUAAAAGAAAUCUCACCAUAUGACGAAGGUCGAAGAUUGCUUGAUUUAAUGGACAUGGCCGUCUUUGACUUUUUAACAGGCAAUAUGGAUCGCCAUCAUUACGAGACAUUUAGGAUUUUUGGAAAUGAUAGUUUCACGUUGCAUCUGGACCACGGAAGAGGUUUUGGAAAACCCUUUCAUGAUGAAACGUCUAUUUUGGCACCUCUCUUACAAUGCUGUAUAAUUAGACAGACAACUUUAAGUACUCUACUCCGCUUUCACAACGGGCCUAUACGGCUUAGCGCCGCUAUGCGGCAGAGCAUGGCGAAAGAUCCCGUAGCUCCUGUUUUAUGGGAACCCCAUCUAAACGCAUUGGACCGACGAAUAGGUAUUGUCCUGCAAGCUGUUCGCGAUUGCAUUGCCCGUGAAAACUCUUCGCAACAGGUUAUUCGUGAUGACAAAAUCGACUCGAAAUUAUAGUCUUUGAUCAUGAUUGAAGAUAAUUAAUUAUGAUGUAAAAACAUGUAAAGGAAUCUUUUUCUAUAAAGAUAUUGAUAGAUUCUGAGGAGAUUUGAUUCCAUUUUUGUUUAUGAUAUUUCCAUUAUUUCUUCUAUCCAUUCAUAAAUACAAAUUAAAUUAAACUGU